UUUGUUUCUAUUUGGCGGAUUUCUUGAAGUUUUCGUAUAAAAGUUAGUGCUAAGCGUUUGGAUGGUAUCAUUUAAUUGUUAACUGUGCAGCUAUAGACAACAUAGCAAUCUAGCACAGCUUUUCUUAAAUUUAAGAUACGUGUGCGUUCCUUACGUUAAGCGUGCGGCUCGGAUACAUAAACAUUACUGUGUAAUUCGAAAAAAACAAGGAUACUUUUUUUGUGGAUAUUUUGUGGCCAAGUUGCUUUGCUUCGCUCACCUAAGCUAAUCAAAUACCAACAAACACCAUGAAGUUAAUGCGAACAGCAUUUCUGCUCGCGGCCCUACUUCUGGUAGUCGUCCAACAGACACGUGCCGAAGAAGAAAAGCAACCAGCCGGAGCUGAGGAUAAGAAAAUCGAAUCAAAGGCCGAAGAUGAUAAGAAAUCCGCCGAUGGCACUGAUGAGACCACCAAAACUAAACGUGGCCUACAUCAUUUCGAGGAUUAUCAUCAUCAUUCGUAUCCCAUACAUGAGCACAAGACCUUAACUAUUGUCAAGAAGGUACCAUACCCGGUGCCGGUGGAGAAGCAUGUACAUGUCCCCGUUGAGAAACAUGUACCUGUGCCCGUUGAGGUGAAAGUGCCCAAACCCUAUCCGGUGGUCAAGCACGUACCCUACGAAGUCAAGGAAAUAGUUAAGGUGCCUCACGAGAUCCCAGCUCCAUAUCCCGUGGAAAAGAAAGUUCCUGUACCAGUACAUGUACCCUAUGAUCGUCCAGUCCCCGUUAAGGUAUACGUACCAGCACCAUACCCAGUAGAAAAGAAGGUGCAUGUUCCCGUCAAGGUGCAUGUGCCCGCUCCAUAUCCAGUUGAGAAGAAGGUGCACUAUCCUGUCAAGGUUCAUGUGCCCGUUGAGAAACCAUAUCCCGUUGAAAAGGUUGUCCAUUAUCCCGUUAAGGUGCCCGUCGAGAAGCCAGUCCCAUAUCCAGUUGAAAAACCUGUACCCUAUCAUGUUGAGAAACCCGUACCAGUGCCGGUGAUUAAGAAGGUUCCAGUUCCUGUACAUGUCCCCUAUGACAGACCUGUGCCAGUGCAUGUUGAAAAACCCGUACCCUAUGAGGUUAAGGUGCCCGUGCCCGCCCCCUAUCCCGUUGUCAAGGAAAUCCCAGUUAAGGUUGAGAAACAUGUACCCUAUCCCGUGCAUGUACCCUACGAAAAGCCCGUGCCCGUCCACUUGGAGAAACAUGUACCCGAAUACCAUGAGAAGCAUAUCUCCUACAAGGAACCCGAAUUCAUUCACAAGAAAAUCGAGGAGCAUCACCAUGAACCCAUCCAUCACAUCGAGAGCCACCAUGGACUCUCGCUGCAUGAGGAACAUGAGCAUCACUAAGAGAGCGAUCUGAGAGCCAAUCUCCCACCGGAACCAAAAAUGUGUAAAUAAUGAAAAAAUGGCAACGGAGAGAGAUACAGCUUCAGAGAGUAAUACCAGUGAUUUGUUACAUGUGAGAGUUAAGUGUGAAUUGAGAGGGAGAGAGAGAGAGAGAGAAAAAACAGAUAGACCGACUUUUGAAAACAAGAAAAAAAAACGUUAAAUGGCUUUAAUGAGUACUGAUUCUAAUGAUUCUGGAAAUGGUAAACAAUAACAACAACAACAACAAAAAACGUGAUAAUGGCCUCAAAAUAACGGACUUAGCAAUUUAUUUAAUCAACGAACGCCCCCAACCCCAACCCCCCAGAGAGAGAGUGUGUAGAAAAAACAAUCUGAGAGAGAGAGACACAAAGAGUUUUUUUAACUCUCUUUUUAUGGAUAACUCAGCAAUUUUCAAUUGAGAGAGAGAGAGAGUUAAGCUUGAAAUUCUUCCUCUCUUGAUCUAAACCAACUGCCCCAAACUCUGCCCAACUCAACUAGAUUUUAAGAGUAACCAACCAACACACAGAGAGAGAUUUUUUUAUAUAAAAUAAUAAUAAUAAUAUUUUUUUUUAUUUAGUUUCUAAGCCAUCUUUUUUGUGUAUAGAACAAUUUAAUAAGAUUUAUUAAUUUUUUUGAGAAUAAUUUUAAGGCAAUGUCAACAUGAGUAAUUUUAUAAGGUAAAAAAUAGGAAAAAAAACUAAUUUAUAUUUGGCUCUCUCUCGAUCUCACCAAAAAGAGAGGGAGGGAGAGAGUGAUCUCCUCAAUAUGUAGAAUAAACUCGAGAAGAGAAGUACCCCAUUUCCGUCCAGCCAACUUUUGCGUGGCUUUAGAAGAGUAAGACUUGAACAACAAAAAAAUGAGAUUAAGGGCCCCCUAGGACCCCCCCCCCGAUAAAGAGAUUUUAUUUAAAACACCCCCAAACAAUUUUUCUUAGACUAGUUUAGCUAAGCUUUUCAUUAGCGGAUUUUUUUUUAUUGAUAUUAUUGUGUUAUGUGUAUGUAAUUUUUUUGUGUAGUUAAAAUCCCAGAUUUUUAUUUUCAAUACCCCCUACCCCCCACAAAAUCAGCCAAACAAACCGUAUUGUAUUAUAUAUUGUUCAUAUUCAAAUUUCAAAUAUUUUACGUGUUUUGUUAAACAGUAUUUACAU